AUGGCAUGGAGGAGCAAAGGUUCCCCUCUUCCUCCAGCCUCCUUGCAGCUGCUUGUCCCGCCGGUGAGACUCAUGUCUGCCUUCAUGUGGCAGGUUGUGCAGCAGCACAGUGUGAGGCAGUAUGACAAGCUGCUGGACUUCAUCAGCCUGGUCACAGAGGUCGUUCCUGAGCUUCUGAGCCCAUGUCAGAAGGCUCAGCUCAUUCUGGGUCUGAGAGCGAGGCUGGUUCUUGAACUGUGUCGUGGCGAUGGUGUCGCUAACCUGAAGACCAUCCAGAACCACCUCGAUAAAAUCCACUCCAACAGCGCUGAACUAAGCGCCAGCCAUCAGAUGGAAUGUGCUGAUAUACUGAAGACCUCUUACGUCAACUUUACAAACCUGGUGGAGAACAUUCUGAAUGUCCCUUUAGAGAAGGAGUUCUUCUUCCAAGAGGUUUUUCCUGAAAACUAUGGCUCUGCUUACAACCAAAGGAUCCAGCAGCUUGUGUCUAUGUUCCUGUCCAGACUUGAACAGAUGCUGCCUGUUCCUGACCUCCAACAGACGACAGCUUGGCUGACUGAAACAUCUCUGUCAGAAGGGUUUGGACAAUACCUGUCUAACCCUUUUGCCCUGAAGACGCUCCUACUUCACCACAGAGAGUUUAAGACUCUCAGCUCAGCUGAGUCAAGCAAUGAGGAGGACAUAAUUUUGUCCACACUGUCCCUUCCUUCUCAAACUGGAGUGGAGAGAUAUACCAAGCUAUUCUCUGACGGUAACAAUGAUGAGGAUUAUGACCAAGAUGAAAGGAAUUUAGCACUGGAGGGCUCAGCAGAAGACUCAAGUCAGAGCUUAGAUGAGGCCUCAGAUGACUGGGUGCCUAAAAAGAAAUCAGGUCCUCUGUCUCACUUAUUCACCUGUUCUCACUGUCCAUUCACACAUCGUGCAAAGACAAAGGUCCGAGAACACAUCCAGAAUGAGCAUCGAUCGGCAGGGCUGGUUCAGAAAAGGAGAGCCUUGAUAAAAGCGAGAGGGAAGACUGUGCAGAAAAACCAAGACUUGAAAGUCAAAAAAAUUAAACAAGAAGGCAGCUUGGAGAGGGCCAGGAGGGGCAGACAUAAGGAUGGCAUUGGCAACAAGCUGGAAUGUAAGCAGAAGGACAAUUCAGAAAAGAAGAAACGACGGAGACCGAAACAACCAGCUGGAGAAGACAAACGGUUUCUGACCACCCGGCUUGUGAACAAAAACUUUACAGAAAAUGAAACAAAAUGCACGACCUGUGAGAAGGUCUUUAAGCAUCCUAAUCAGCUAAAGACCCACGCUAAGCUCCACAGCCUUCCAUACAGCUGCAGCCACUGUGAGAAGGGCUUCACCAGCCAGUCGGGGUAUUAUCAGCACCUGAGGCUUCACUCCAGAGGACGAGCCUUCGUCUGCAAACGCUGCAACAAGGGCUUCCUCUCUACUUAUUCGCUCAAGCAGCAUGAACGUCUGCAUGAGGGCCCUACCAAUUUGUGCAGCAUUUGUGGGAAAAACUUCAGCAAGAAUGGCAUCAUAAGACACAUGCAGAUGCACCGAGGGGAGAGGAAUUACCUGUGCACCACCUGUGGAAAGUCCUUUUUGUCCUCGGGGGAGCUGCUGCUGCACACCAGGUCUCACACAGGCGAGAUGCCCUACACAUGCGCCCACUGUGGGAAGGGCUUUUCCUGCAAGAGUCACCUGAACGUGCACACGCGUUCCCACACAGGAGAGCGCCCCUAUCUCUGCUCAGAGUGCCCCAAACGCUUCCUCACCCUGAACUGUCUGAAGAGGCACACGCUCAGCCACAAUGGCCUGAAGCCCUUCAAGUGUUCGGACUGUGCCAGAGAGUUUUCCCAGCAGGGGAACCUGAAAAGACACAUGGCAACUCAUAAACCCAGCACGUAA